GCCCUCUUUCCUUGCUUGCCGUGACUGCUCAGAACAAAGAGGAAACCGAGAUUGUGCAAUGGCGAGCGCUUUCCUCUCUUCCAUCCUAUCAAAAACCAGCCAAGUAUCGCGCUCUGUUCGGAGAUGGGCAGCCUCGCCGUCUUCAUCAUCGGAUCCACGUAGCAGUAUCUUGAAAGAUCUGAAGAAGCUGGAGAGAACGUUGGAAAGGAUCCAGACAGUGCUCCACGACGCGGAGGAGAGGGACAUACGAGAAGAAGCCGUCAAGCUCUGGUUGAAAGAGCUUAAAGAAGUGGCUUAUGAUGCAGAAGACGUGCUGGACGAGUACCACUACGAGGAACUGCGAGCCCAAGUGGAAGCCCGAGCUUCCCGCAAGAGGAAGCGAGUGGAAGGGGACGAUGAGGAAGAGGUAAGUAAUUCUCUUUCCACCAUAGUUGUUUCAAUUCCGGUUGGCAUGGGGGAUAGAAUCAGGGAGAUCAGGGAGAGGUUCGAUGAGAUCUCGAAGGAUCGGGAACGCCUGCGAUUAAGAGAGGAAGAUGGAGAGCGACGGGUCUUCGGAGCUGUGUGCCCACCAUCAAGCAGCCACAUGGUGGAUGAGUCAAGUAUUUAUGGAAGGGAACAUGACAAGCAGAAGGUAAUUGAUUUGCUGUUUUCUGAGGGUAUGGGAAAUGGUAUCUCUGUCAUUCCGAUUGUCGGCAAGGGAGGACUGGGAAAAACCACCAUCGCUCAGCUGGUCUACAAUGACUCCAAGGUAAAAGAACGUUUUGAUCUCACUGGAUGGGUUUGUGUAUCCGAUGAUUUCAAUGUUCCAAGGCUAACAAAGGCCAUCAUCGAGUCUAUUACAGAAGAAUCACGUGAUCUUACAGAACUCAGCCCACUUCAAAAUUCUCUCAAGGAAAAGGUGAGGGAAGGAAAGUAUUGCUCGUGUUGGACGAUGUCUGGAAUGAGCAACAAAGCCGUUGGGAGUCCUUAAGAAUCCCUUUGGUUGGAGCAGAAACAGUAAGAA